GCAGUCGGCGGCAGUGCGUGUUUGCUCCGAGUAGAGAACGGAGGCUGGCGCGUUUUCCUCCACUUUCCCAACUGAUAAGCAGAAGCUCGAGCUAAUCCCCGAAAGAUGAAGCCGUUGAUAGUGUUCGUGCUCGUGGGCCUGCUGGCAAGUGGCUGCCACAUUGUCCGCUCCCAAGAGCCUGGUGAGGCUGUGGAGCAGGAAGCCAGCGAGUCGGAUGACGCACUUAAGAUCAAGGAGAGUCAGGCCAAAAUAGCCGCCCAGGUGGAGGCCAUGCUCGUGCACUUCCAGCAGGAGGAUCCGCAGGGCCUGCCCGGCGUGCCCGUGCCCGAUCCGUUGGAGGUGCCCAAUGUGAAGAAGAGCAUGGGCAUGGCCAAUCUGGACAUGAAGCAGGUUAAGGCUCACGGAUUGUCCAAGUUCCGCAUUGAUAAAAUGAAUCUAGACUUGAAGGAAAUGAAGUUCAACGGUGGCCUCCAGCUGGACCAGAUGCUGGUCAAGGGCCAGUAUACGCUCAGCUCAUUCUUCUCGAAAGCCAAUGGACCCUUUACCGUCAUUCUGAAAAAUGUCUAUGCGGAAGCGACCGCCUUUUUGGCCGUCGAACGAGAUGGCCAGCUGGCCACGGACCGCAUCAAGAUCGACAUCACCUUCUCGGACAUGACAAUGGACUUCCAGAACCUCGGCUUGGUGGGCAGCGUCUUCCAGAGCGUGGUGAACGGUGCGCCCAAUUUGGUAUUCGACGCCAUGAAGCCGUUCAUGCUCCAGGAGGCGGACAAAAAGCUGCGCAGCGAGAUCAACGUCAUGAUCCAGAACACGUUGGGCGAUCGCCGGCUGCCCAAUUCCAUAACGCCGCUGGAUAGCGCCAUAGCCAUGGCACGCAAGAUGGUGCGCGACAAGGGCUACGAUCCGUACCACUUGCCCGAUGUUAAUCGCACCAUGGGCGUGUUCAGUGUCCAGUUGGCACACACCUGGAUCAAUGGCAUCUCUAGCUUCUAUCGGGUGGGCAACAUAACCGCUGGCAUGGCCAACAAAACGGUGUCGGUCGUCCUGCAGAUAGGCACCCAGCAGGUGACGGGUGCUGGCCAGUGGGAGGUGGGUGUGGGCAUGAUGACCCGCGUUGGUCACGUACAAUUCACGGUUCAGCACAUACGGGCCACCGUGGCCCUCAGCCAAUCACUGGACACACGCAAGCGGGUGCAGAUCACCGAUCUCCAGUUUGACAUGGGCAACAUACAGGUGCGAUGCGAUGGAGCGGGAACCCUCGACUAUGUGAUGGAGUUUGCCGUGAACGUCAUACCCAACCUACUGCGCUACCAGAUCAUGGACGCCAUCGAGAACCCCAUCAAGCAGCGCGUGCAGGAGAAGUUCAACACCAUCGAUGUGGAGCAGGUCAUCAAGACCAUGGCUCAGAACAACUUUAACUUCGACCCAAAGCUGUUGGGCAUAUGAGUGUGUGUAGUAAGUAAGAGAGUUUUGCAAUCGAAUAAAGAUUUAUCCCUGGAACAUGGGUAAUCACAAGCUA